AUGGCCAAGAGUCAGGCGCUGCACACCAAUAUGGGCGUCGACUAUAUUGUAGUCUACAGAUUUCCUCCUUCCGAAAAGGCCAAAGCUGCCGCGGGCUUCGAAAAGCUAUGCCAGAAACUCUCCUCCGUUGGCUUGGCGACUGAAGUACGACAUGGGGAGGGUAGCAGCAUUCUCGUCUUCGUCAAGGUUGCCAGCGAUGAGCACAUGCUUGCCGAAGUCUAUCGAAGUCGCGUGAAGGACUGGAUCUACGGCGUCCGGGCAGGAGAGCCAGCUCAAGACGUUCGAGCAUCUCUGGAGGAGGAUCCAUUCACCGAUGCUGAGAGGCUUCGUAUCAUCUACCAGAUGAUCACCAACUACGAGGAAGAGGGCGGAGCUGGCAUUAGACCCAAGUCUCCAGAGUGGGAAUACGUCGAGAGCAUUUUCUCGCUUCACGACCACACCUUCAACAAACACUGGAUCAAGAAGUGGGCCACCGAGUACACUAUCAAAACCGAAGACCUAGACGAGAUCCGCGACAGAUUUGGCGAGAAGGUUGCAUUUUAUUUUGCUUUCGAGCAGACAUACUUCAACUUCCUGCUCUUUCCUACCGCCUUUGGACUUCUCGCAUACCUGUUCCUAGGCUCCUUUAGUCCCAUCUAUGCUGCCGUUCUCUGCCUUUGGUCGACCAUAUUCGUGGAAUGGUGGCGACACCAAGAGCGUGAUCUCUCCAUAAGAUGGGGCGUACGUGGCGUCAGUAAUAUCGAAAGCAAGCGCCAUGAAUUUGUUGCAACGCAAGAAGUUGAGGACCCUGCUACUGGAGAGACGCAGAAGAUCUUCCCAUGGACCGAGCGAUUGAAGCGCCAAGCGUUGCAGGUGCCGUUCGCCAUUGCAGCAGUUCUGGUCCUUGGUAGUCUCAUCGUCCUCUGCUUCGCCAUCGAGAUCUUCAUCGGAGAGAUCUAUAAUGGGCCUGGAAAAUCUAUCCUGACUUUCGCGCCAACGGUCAUACUAACGACUUGCCUGCCGUUGCUCACGGGUGCGAUGUCGGAUCUAGCCAAGCGCCUUAACGACUACGAGAAUUACGAGACUGAUUCUCAAUACACUCGAUCGCACACCGGCAAGCUCUUUGUCCUAGACUUCAUCACCUCAUACAUGGGCAUCAUAUUGACAGCUUUUGUCUACGUUCCCUUUGGUGCCGUUCUCGUACCGUAUCUCGAUGUCUUCAGUCGCCUUUUCACAAAGGGCGAGGGUCACCUUGAGACUGCGAAGGCUGGAGAUCAUUACACCAUCAACUCGGAUCGGCUUCGCAAGCAGGUCAUCUACUUCGCCGUGACAGCUUCCAUCGUCAACUUUGCCAUGGAAGUGGUCGUUCCCUAUCUCAAGCGACAAGGCUUCCUCAAGUUCAAGGAAAUGCGAGCCAGCAAGGCCGAACCAUCUCCAGCUACGGAUGACCCCGCCGAGGAGAAAGAAUUCCUCGAUCGCGUCCGCAGUGAAGCAGAACUUCCAACUUACGAUGUUUACACCGACCUGCGAGAAAUGAUCAUUCAAUUCGGAUAUCUCAGCCUCUUCUCCGUGGUCUGGCCGCUUGUCCCGCUUAGUUACCUGGUCAAUAAUUGGUUCGAGCUCAGAGCAGAUGCUAUCAAGAUCUGUGUUGAGAUGCAACGUCCUACGCCGUGGAGAGAAGACACUAUCGGUCCAUGGCUCGAUGCACUCAGCUUCCUCACUUGGCUGGGAAGCAUCACUGCUGCGGCUUUGACGUACAUGUUCUCAAAUGAAGGUGUCGGACCAGAUGGCAGGCCGCAUGACAUCAAAGCGUGGGGACUGUUGCUCUCAAUAUUUUUCAGCGAGCACUUGUACCUCAUCGUACACGGUAUCGUGAGAAGUGCCAUUUCGAAGAUCGAUUCGCCAGGCCGACAGAAAGAGCGUCGCGACAGAUUCCUGACCAGGCAGAAAUUGGUGAAGGACAGCCUCGAGAAGCUACCGCCCGUUCCCCAGAUUGGCGAAGACGACACGCCGGUGACCAGGGAGACUCUCGAAGAAGAUGCUCGACGUGCUAGUCUGACGAAGAGCACGCCGAUCGAGCGCUUCUGGUCCAGGCAAAAGGGCUGGCGUGAGGCUGCUCAGAUGGGCAAGAUCUUCAUUGAAAAGGCCGUUGAUGAGAAGCAGGCAGGCAAGGAGAAGAAGGAGCUCUAG